GCGAGACACCAUUCAUCGCCGGAGCGCCCAAGGGAGGACUGCAGCAACAUGGGGAUCUUGGAUAAGAUCAAGGAAAUUGAGGAUGAGAUGAAGCGGACCCAGAAGAACAAGGCCACAGAAGGGCACUUGGGGCACCUGAAAGCAAAGUUGGCCAAGUUGCGCACUGAGUUGCUUGACGGCGAAAAGUCCAGCGGCGGUGGUGGCGAAGGCUUUGACGUGGCGCGCAGUGGGGAUGGUCGGGUGGCUCUCAUUGGGUUCCCGUCCGUGGGCAAGUCGACGUUGCUCAGUCAAUUGACGGACACCGAGUCUGAAACAAAUUCGGUGGAGUUUACCACGCUGACGUGUAUUCCUGGCAACCUCAUGUACAACGACGUUCGAAUCCAGCUGCUGGAUUUGCCGGGUAUCAUUGAAGGAGCUUCUCACGGGAAAGGUCGUGGUCGCGAAGUCAUCGCCGUGUCCAAAUCGGCCGACAUGAUCCUCAUGGUGUUGGACGCGGGGCGGGAAGAAGGCAAUCGCCACCGCACGAUCCUUGAGAACGAGCUGGAAACCGUCGGCCUUCGUUUGAACCGCAACCCGCCAGACAUUUACUUUCGAAAGAAGGCGGGUGGUGGCGUCCAGUUCAACGCGACAGUGCGCCUGACCAAGCUUGGCGAUGAUCCGGCCAAAACAGUGCACAAGAUCCUGCAUGAGUACCGCAUCCACAACUGCGAGCUCCUCUUUCGGGAGGAUUGCACAGUCGACGACCUCAUCGACGUCCUCGAAGGCAACCGCAAGUACAUCAAGUGCCUCUACGUGUACAACAAGAUCGACGUUGUCUCGAUCGAGGAUGUGGACCGCCUGGCGAGAUUGCCGCAUUCAGUCGUGAUUGCGUGCGAGCACAACGGGCGGCCAGCGCUUAACUUUGACCAUCUACUGGCAACGAUGUGGAAGUAUAUGGGGCUCACGCGGGUGUACACGAAGCGGCGAGGCGAGGUACGAGCUCCAUUGCUGCGUGUUGAGGAACGUGCGGGUGUGCUGUAGCAACCCGAGCUGCUGGAGCCCGUGGUGCUGUCGUCCGAGCGCAAAGGAACGACCGUCAACUCGGCGUGUAUGUCGAUUUCCAAAGAUAUGCUGGACAACUUUAACUUUGCGCUGGUGUGGGGCACAAGCACCAAGUACAAUCCCCAGCGCGUCGGGAAGGACCAUGUCCUCCAGGACGAAGACGUGCUGCAGGUCGUGACGUUGACGGUGACGCAGCAAAAGCACGCCAAGAACUACAAUCAAAAGGUGCAGGCGCACUGGGACAAGUAUAAGGCCAAGAAGAAGGCGCUCAAGACGUAAUCCAGCCUGCCUCGGUGGGUGUGCGACGUAGAACCUGGCCCCCAUGCCAAUGUGGAGGCUCAAUAUACCUACCUCCGUGGCCGACCACUGUGCGCUCACCCGUUUGUGUUGGGGUUGGUCGCUUCGUGGCAUGAUUCUGCGCAUGCGGUCAUGGCUGAUUUUACAAGGACGAUGUUGCUCGUUGGAGCUGUAGACUUGCAUCCUUUCAUCAACUUGACGAGCUCAAG